AGCCUGGUCUCCCCCUCUCUUGCACAUCUCCUUUACGGACUGAGCUCUUUGCCUGUUGAGCUCAGGGAACUUUUUCUCUCUCUCUCUGCCUGACUGACUAGCCAGGUCCAGCAUGGCUCCUGUGAAAGGCACCUUCCUGUGUCUGGGUCUGCUGGUGCUCAGCCUGGGCUGGACACAAGCCCUCAGGCUGGACGGUGCUGGAGACUCCACUCAGACAGAUGCAGAGGACAAAGAGCUUGUGAGGAGCCAGAGAGACUCACCCCAGGACGAAGAGGACAGGGAAGCAGCACUGGCGAAGGAUGAGCCCAGUGCUACAGGACUACAAAGAGUACUUGGACUGGUCAAGCCAGUGGCUAAGAGGUCUUCAGAAGCUGUGCUGACAGCCCCGAGGACCAAGAGAGCCCCAAAGGAGGGCAGGGAAAAGAGGCAGAAGGAGAAGGGACCGAAGCCCACCAAGAAACCCAAAGGGGACAAGGGACCCAAGCCCAGCAAGAAGCCCAAAGGGGAGAAGAAGAAAGGAGAGAAGGGAGGGAAGAAGAAGAACAAGAAGCAGAAGGGCCUCACCACUACCCUACCGCCCACUACCCUACCGCCCACUACACCAGAGCCCACCACCUCCGAGCCCAUAGUGUACGACGAUGAGGAGGACCUUUUCCCAGACUCAUACUGGGACCAAGAAUAUUCUGACCUGACAACUACAGACAGCAGCGUAGAACCACCCACAGAGCCCCCUACGGAACCUCCAACAGAACCUCCGGUAGAUGCCUACACUGAGCCCAUCUACACCAUCGAGGCUGACACAGAGGAGUAUUCCUACCCGGACCCUGAGAUCGAUGACUACUGGAGGCAGCCGGAUGAGCAGACAGACACAGACACAGACAGGCCAACCGAGGAGCGGGUAGAUCCAGAGCCAACCACCCCCCCAGUGUUUGACAUCUUGGACAAGGAGGAGGACUACUGGGAUGCAACAUUUGAGGUUCCUGAGAACUUACCCUUUCCAGAUGGGAAGGAGGUGAGUCCAACUGCUGACUGGAACUACGACAUAGAGGAGCCUACCUCGUCACCUUACGAGACGCCGUGGUACGACUAUGACGACGACAGGAAGCUGGCAGAAAGGAAGGAGAAAGAAAGAAAGGAGAAGGAGGAGAAAGAGAGACAGAGGAAACUGGAAGAGGAGAGAGAGAAGAGGCUGAAGACGCCACGCAUUUACAAAGAUCCCAAAAAUUGCCCUCCACUUGGUAUGGAGUCUCACCGCAUCGGUACUGACCAGCUGCUGGCAUCAUCCAUGUCGCAGUAUCGCAAUGGAGUGCACAGGUCACGACUCAACAUGCAGGCCUCUGGCAAUGAUGACGAUCUGAAUGGUGGAGCGUGGUGCGCUAACUCUGAGGAGAAACAGCACUGGAUUGAGCUGGACGCUCGCGCCAUGACCGAGUUCACAGGGGUCAUCACCCAGGGCCGAGACGACCCCUUAGAUAAUGACUUUGUGACCUCAUACUACGUCGCCUUCAGUAAUGACAGUCGGGAAUGGAUGAUACUAAAUGACGGCUACUCUGAAUGGCUUUUCUUUGCCAACUCGGAUAAGCAGACUCCAGUGAUGUCACAGUUUGUGGAGCCAAUGGUUGCUCGCUACAUCAGGGUCAUGCCUCAGAGCUGGAACGGCAGCCUCUGCAUGAGGUUGGAGUUUAUGGGCUGCCCACUACCAGACCCCGGCAACACAUACCACAGUCAGAAUGAAGUGACCCCCAGAGACGACCUUGAUUACACCCACCAUAGCUACCAGGACAUGGAGAAGCUGAUGAAAUCCAUCACAGAUGAAUGUCCCAACAUCACCAGAUUAUACAGCCUAGGCAAGAGCUCUAAAGGGCUAGAGAUCUAUGCCAUGGAGAUUACAGACAACCCUGGCAUGCAUGAGACUGGUGAGCCGGAGUUCCGCUACACAGCGGGUCUCCAUGGUAACGAGGCGCUGGGGCGGGAGCUGCUUCUCAUGCUGAUGCAGUAUCUCUGUAAGGAGUACAAGGAUGGAAAUCCUAGAGUGCGCCGCCAGGUGGAUGGGAUCCGCAUUCACCUCGUUCCCUCACUCAACCCAGACGGCCACGUAAAGGCCUUUGAAAAGGGAUCUGAGCUGGGCAGUUGGCAGCUGGGGCACUGGACUGAGGAGGGCCACGACAUCUUCCAGAGCUUCCCUGACCUCAACACCAUCCUUUGGGAUGCAGAGGACAAGGGACUGGUGCCCAAACUGAUGCCAAAUCACCACGUGCCCAUUCCUGAGGGCUUCCUGGGAGAUAAUGGAAUGAUUGGUUCAGAAACCAGAGCCAUAAUUUCCUGGAUGGAGGACCACCCCUUUGUGCUGGGGGCCAACCUGCAGGGGGGCGAGAGGCUGGUGGCGUACCCAUUUGACAUGCACCGCCUGACCAAAGAGGGAGAGGAGCGCAACAAGAGGACCCGGCGAGUGGUCCGCCGAAAGAGGCAGUACGAGGAUGAGGUGGACAGACGUUGGGAACACAUCGGCUACCACGAGCAACCUGACGACUACCGCCAGGGAUCCUACGGCUACCGUCAAGAAGAGAGAGGCUACCGUCAAGAAGAGAGAGGCUACCGUCACGAGGAGAGAGGCUAUGACCAUGAGGAGAGAGGCUAUCACCAUGAGGAGAGAGGCUAUCACCACGAGGAGAACCACGGCUACAACCCCGAGAGCUAUGGCUACCACCAUGAGGGCUACGGGUACCGUCAGGAGAGCGAGCCCGAGGGCUACCCGGAGGGUUAUCACGAGAGGGGGCACGGAGGGGAGGGCGAGGGCGAGGGCGAGGGCGAGAGGUAUGGAGGAGGAGAGGCCGAGGCAGAGGACGAGAUCCGGACCAUCGAGGACCAGUCGCUCUUCCGCUGGCUCUCCGUCUCCUAUGCCUCAACCCACCGUGGCAUGACACAGACCUUUAAUGGUGGUUGCCAUGGUGAGGACCCCACGGGAGGGCUGGGCAUCGUGAACCGCGCCAAAUGGAAGCCUGUAACAGGAAGCAUGAAUGACUUCAGCUACCUUCACACCAACUGCUUUGAGCUGUCCAUCUUCCUGGGCUGUGACAAAUUCCCCCAUCAGAGCGAGCUGCGCCCUGAGUGGGAGAACAACAAAGAGGCUCUAACCUUCAUGGACCAGGUGCACCGUGGAAUUAGGGGUGUGGUGAAGGACAAGGAGGGGAACCCCAUACCAAAUGCCACUGUGUCUGUAGAAGGUGUAAACCAUGACAUGAGGACAGCGGAGUCCGGGGAUUUUUGGCGCAUGCUGAAUCCGGGAGAAUACCGCGUCACCGUGCGAGCAGAGGGCUACGCCCCCCUCGUCAAGAUGUGCGUGGUGGGCUUCGACCCCGGUGCAACCCUAUGCAACUUUGACCUCAGCAAGUCAAACUGGGACCGCAUCAAGCAGAUAAUGGCCUUACAUGGCAACAAGCCCAUUCGUGUCCUAGGCCAUGGAAACCGAUACGGUAACGGAAAAGGAUACGGCAGCAGCAGACAGACCGUGACAGAAGUGGGCUCGGAGAACAAUCCAGCAGUGUCUGGCAGUAUCAGAGCCAACCGUUUACGCCGGUUAAAACGGCUGCGCUACCUUCGCCAGCAGAGGCUUCGGGGCCUAAUGUCGACCAUCAACCCAACCACAACCACCACCACCACCACCACCACCACUACCACAACCACACAGCCUCCUACAACUGCCUGGGACUACUCCUGGCUCGAGGACAACACUCAACCCACUGAUUAUAACCUGGGGGUGGACUACAACUACAAUGUUGACUAUUAAAAAACUGGGACGCUUCCAUGGAAUUAAAUAACCCAAAGUUCAGAUUUAGGACCAGGGUCACAUCUCCUAAAUUGGUACCCCAGUUAUUAUCAAAAGGGGUAUAACAGGCACCAUCUUGUCCUCUGUUAGCAUUUAGGUGCAUUUCAAAAUAACAUCUAUAAAGCUGUCUUGUUACAACUAUUCUUUCUGUUCAUCUCUUCAGAGGACAGACUAGGUCUAGUGUUCCUCUAUCACCUGUCAGUUUGUCUUCAGUCUUUGUCCACUCUAGCACCAUAGGUAGACACAUGGAGAUUGAGACUUGUAUUGUAAGACAUCCAACACAAUAGCACCCCACUGACACAUCUCACACACCUACGUUUCAAUUUGCAUCACACAAGGCACAUAUCGUAAGAUUGAAGAUAGGGUUAUCUCAUCCCUAGAAAGCUAUGUGAAUCUGUCCUGUUUUUGUUACAUUGACUAUUUGGUUGACAACUGUAGAGAAACGGUUUCAUUGUCUGAAGCUUUUGGAGAUACAAACUCCAAACCCAGGAACACAGAGAUGGAAUGGGGAAUGUUUGCAAUGUUGGGCUUGUCAAAAAAGUCGCUUAAUGACUUUAAAAAAAAAAAAAAAAAAAAAACAUUUUUUGUAAUGACAAGGUAGAGUGUGUAAUAUAAAGAAAUGUAAGACAGAAAUGCAAGGAGCACAAAGAGAUGUCAAAGACUUUGUCAUUUCGUUACAAAAAAUGUUUUUAUUUACAUUAUACACUUCUCACCCUCAGAGGCAACUGCUCCAGAUCCCACUGAGGGGUUGCACUGAACAAUUCAGAAAGAUCCUCAAUGUCUAGCUGAGGUCAAGGACUUUAUUUUCCAGCUAAUAAAGGCUUGUUUACAUAGUG